UUUCCUGUAAUAUUGACACAGUCACGUCGAUUUUAUGAAAAUAUUUACUAUAAAUUAACCCGAAUUUGCACCCAGGUGUGAACUACGCAGAAAAUGUUAAACGAUAACAAAAAUCGCUUUGUUUGGUAAAGUCAGUCAAUAUGGCAACAUCUAAGCUGUUUACAAUCCUACUGCUGCUCAUGCUCAGUAUAUCGAUGGCCACUCAAAUUCGACCUGAAGACGAUCACAUACCAGCUAGAGACGUCCUGCAAAGACCCAGGAGAGGCGUAUCGUUCCUGGGAAGAAGAAAAUACGUGCCUCUGCCUUUAAUAUUCGGAAAAUAACAAAAAUUCCUUAUCGUAAGACGCGCGUUAUCUCGCUCAGAUAACCGCGAAGGUUAUCUAUCCCAAGCGAGAUAAACAGUUGAAAAACACCACGGAAUUCUUCGGUACUGACCUGUAAAUAAUAAAAUCGUUCAAGUAAAUAAUGUGAAUAGUUUCAUUUAUCGUCUCAGACUUGUCUGUGUGUAUUAGAGUGAGAUGGUGAAGGUAUGGCCGGGUUCGUCCUGAUCGUCUCGAUCCCUACCGAGGAACACGAGAAAUGUCUCCUCAAGAAACUGAAGAAAAAAGUGGGGGUGGGGGAGAAGGAUGAUGGUGGAGUGAGGAGUGAAGGUGUGGCCGUGGAGGUGGUGAGGAGCGAGUGCGGGGCGGGAGUGGGGGCCACCAAGGAGUACCGCUCUAUGGAGCAAGUGAUAAGGUCGACCACCAAGGACCUGGAAAUAACGGACGUAACGUGGCGCAAAACCGAGGACGACCACCACUACCAGAUCGUCUUCCCGAUGGAGUGCGGCCAGAAGUGCGAGGAGAUCCUCAACAUCCUCAAGGAGCACGAGAUCGGCAACAAGCUGAACUCCAAGAUCAACGUCCUCCCUUGCACCAUCCACUACCACGGCAACGCCGUCAACGAGAACGACGAGUCCGUAGAGGAGGAGGACGCGGAAGACACUCUGGAGGACAAGAAGAACAGCGGCUGGAACCUGUUCGUGUCCUCGGUACGCUCCAGACUGACCGUGGCCCAAGUGGUGGAGAACGUCAAGGCCAAGGCAGCGAUGACCUUCGACUUCAUCAUGCUCCUUCUGAUCUCCAGCACCUUAUGCGCCCUCGGGUUGGUCGAGAACAACCCCAUCACGAUGCUCUCGAGCAUGCUGAUCUCCCCCAUGAUGGGCCCAGUGAUGGCCGGCACCUUUGGCUCAGUGAUUCGCGAUAAGCACCUCCAAAAGGUGGGGGUGAAGAACGAGCUCAUCGGACUCGGCAUUGCGACCCUCGUGGGGUUCUUCUACGGUACCAUCAUCUGCCUCAGCACCGACCGUUACGGCACCAGCGACUGGCCAACCUACCAGAUGUACUCAGGAGGGCAGUUCCGGGCCCUAUGGGUCGGUACCAUCAUAGCCCUACUGUCUGGGGCAGCUGUAGCUCUCGGGAUACUCAGCGAUAAUAUCGCUUCCCUAGUGGGCGUGGCCAUAUCCACUUCCCUCAUGCCGCCGGCGGUUAAUGCGGGGCUGCUGUGGUCUCUGGGGCUGGUGUACUACGUGAAGCACGAUGGGAGUAGGAGGUACGCCUCGCUCACUCGCACCGAUUACUUUUCCAGCGAUAGUGCCGUGGAGAUGGCCGCCCUCGGAGCUACGAGCAUCUGUCUCACUUUUAUUAAUAUCGUUUGCAUUUAUUUUGCUGGGAUAUUGGUCUUUAUGAUCAAAGAGGUGGCGCCGCACACGUCCCAAAACCAAGCGAGGAAACGGUUCUGGAAGCACGACAUCCGAGUGGCGCGCAACUACAACAAGACGAUCCAAUCGGACGAGGGCGCAGACGCGUACCAGAGCAUCCUGGACCAGAUCUCCGAAGGCCAAAGGGUCCGGGAAUACAACCACUUCUUCACCGACACGUCCCGCGGGAACUUCCGCUCGGAGGUGAAACGUCCCGAGUACACCUGGUCGCCCUGCGUCAAUGAUGUUACCCUCGGCAAUAGAGCGUUAGGAAAUCCGUCGGGGAACUUAUCCAGGAAACUGCAGUUCACCACGGACCCGAGGCCCAAGAGGAGCAAAUACCGCAGGCUCUCCCAGAUAUUCCCGAAACCGAUGGCGAAGACCGAGGAGGACCUGGAGAGGGUGGGCGAGACCACGCCCUUGCUCCCCAGUUCGUCCAGUGGCGCGGGGAAGUCCUACCUGCUCAGUUCCGGCAAGAAGAUCCUCGUUACCCCUUGUGAAGUCGACCUUUUAAGCUAAUAAAGUGUGUUUGCUCUUUUUUCGAAACCUA